AUGGAGCGGGUCGUGCGAAUUCUUCGAUGGCGAAUAUUCGUCGUCCCAGCGGUGCUUAAUGUAGCUGCCGUUGCUGUCUCAAUUCAGCCAAGGCACCUUAACGCAGCUCACACCGUCUCAGGACCAUCAUGUCUAAACCAGCCAUCAACAAUUCCCUUUUGGCUUCUGCUGUCGCCUUCAUCUCCGCAGUCUUCUUCCUCUGUUAUCCUUCAGAGUAGUAGUGGGUCCUGUGUUCUUCCUAAUCAAGUGAUGCUAAAGGGCAUCCCACAAGAAAGCCAACGUUUGCUUAUAAUCCAGCCGACUUCAGGAGCAGAGUGCGUCCUCAGCGAUGAAAAUCUGACAGUUGACGAAGCCGAGAUACUCAUUUCAUGUUAUACAGACAAAGACAGAGCUGAAAGGGAGAUUAAUGACAUGGGAUCUUCCUUUGUGACACGAGCACUUUCCACAACAGCAGAUGACACCACCACCCUCACAGUAGCAGAAGGCACCUCCACCUCCACAAUAACACAUAAUAACACCACCUCCACAAUUGCUGAUGAUACCACCAUUUCCAUAAUAACAGAUGAUGACACCACCACCUCCACAAUAGCAGGUGACACCGCCACCUCCACAACAGCAGAUGACACCACCACCUCCACAGAAGCAGAUGACACCAUUACCUCCACGAUAGCAGAUGACACCACCACCUCCACAAUAACAUAUGACACUACCACCUCCAAAACAGCAGAUGACACCACCACCUUCACAGCAACAGAUGACACCACAAUCUCCACAGUGACACCGCCACCUCCACAACAGCAGAUGACACCACCACCUCCACAGAAGCAGAUGACACCAUCACCUCCACGAUAG